AACAAUGUCCAAGAUCAAGCGUUUCUUUUCAAAGAAGAAGGAGGAGGCAGCCUUUAAGCUUAAGUUAGGCGGCAGUUCAAUGGGAGCAGGCCAUAAGUUGAAUGCUCCUAAGCCGGAGGCAGCUCCUAGCGGUUCGCGUCAUAAGCAUGAGGCAUAUGUUCCACCCAAACGCAAUGAGCUAAGCAAUGAGGCACGAGCCGCUGCCAAUGCGGCGUUGAAUCGCAUUGAAAAGAAGGACUCGCGGGAUUUCAACACUUCACUGGCCGCCAUCAAGGCUCAAGCCAAGCGGGAACUAGAGGCCGAACGUCGCCAAAAAGAGGAUUUGGCUAAUGCUUCAUCAGGUUCCAUAUCCGCCACGAGCACUUCGUCUGGCGGCGACAAUCGCAAUUUGGCAUGUCAAGGUGUCUUCUUCCGCUGCCCUCUGAUUGGUGAAGAGGUUCUGGAGAAAAAGCUAUGGAAAGUCAGGAUUAAGGAAUUUCUCUACCAACAACUGGAGGCAGAUCGUGGCCUAACCGCCUGCCUGAUCAUACACAAUUGCAAUGUUAAAGAGAAGGCAGAGGAUUGUGUAGCCACCUUGAUUAGGUAUUUUGAAAAUCUCAUCAAGAAUCCUGAAGAGGAAAAGUUCUGCAAGAUACGCAUGUCAAACAAGAUCUUCAGUGACAAGGUGCGCUAUGUCGAGGGAGCUUUGGAUGUACUCCAGGCAGCUGGCUUUCGGGAAGUGCAGAUUGAUGAAGAACCCUUCCUAUUGUGGGACAAAGAAAAUCUGGAGGAAGGUCUGGAUCUGCCCACUUUAGUGGAUGCUUUAAAGAACUCGGAGCUAAUACAUUUAGAGCUGGAUCGUAAUAUUAAGGUGUUGCUGCCUUCCCAGGCCCGACGUGUCGUUUUACCCGAUGAUUUCUAUAGGAUUUCGCCGGAGGAAAUUAAAAAGGAGCAGCAAUUACGAGCGGAGGCUAUUGAAAGUGCCCAGAUUCUAAAGACCAAAGCCAUGCGUGAGCGUGAGGAGCAGCGUAAUUUACGCAUGUAUCGCUAUAGUCUCGUUAGGGUCAAGUUUCCCAAUGGUCUCUAUAUACAGGGCACAUUUAAUGUUUAUGAGAAGAUUUCCGAUAUAUUUGAAUUUGUACAAUCUUGCCUGGCUGAUGAGACACUGGAAUUUAAUCUUAUAGCCACCAGUGAGGGCAAAUUUAGCGAUGAAGAUAUGGAAAAGACACUAUAUGACUGCAAACUCAUUCCAAAUAUUCUUUUGCUGUUCAACGUCCCUGGAAUGCCUACUCCAGCGGCAGCUGAUCUUAACUUUUUGAAAGAGGACCUACUUAUGCUUGUUCAAUCCAUGUAAAUGAAUUUUUUGCAUUGAUUCAAUAAUUUAUAUAGUCCCUCCUAUUUAAAAAGUUCUCACACAUUUAAGUUAUAUAAAGAUGUUGUUAUUAUUUA